UCAGCUCCAAACAUCUUCCCAGACGAGUCCCGUGGUCUCACUCGUUCGGUCUUUGCCAAUUUUAGCACACCGCCCGGUUCCUAUUGGAUUGACAAUCUGGCAACAACCUUCUCUCUAUCUCGUCAAUGAACACCACCCCCGGCCCGCCGGCAUGGCAUGGGCAUGGGCAUGGGCAUGGGUAUGGGGGCAUGGCUGGAGCUGGGUUCUGGCCACACAGUACGAAGUCUCGGACAACCCACUCGACUCUCCUCGAGCUCCUCGAGCUCCUCGAGUCCUCUCACCAGAUCCCCUCUCUGACCGGGGCAGGGCUGUGGACGGGCCUGGGGCCCAAGUCGCCUGCCGCUGCGCCGGGAUAA